AUGAAGGCCUAUCCAGAAGAGAUAUCAAAGCAAGACCACAAUCCAUACGUUGCUGAUCAGGAAAAUGACGGCUACAUCACACCAGAACACCAGAAUCGAGAUGCAAGAAUUGUUGCUCCCAUCACGGUUGGUCCAGAGAAUUCCAGUUGGCCUACACUGGAAGAUUGCUGCAAAGAUGAAAGCGAUACUAAUCAGCGCAACAAACGCAAUACUGACAAAGAUCAUAAUGCGAAGAUGCUGGAAAAUCCGACGGUAUAG